GUCCUAGUCAUCGCACCAACAUCCGCCGGUAAACAUUCAUUUAUUUCUACGCAAUGAAGAAGGUACUCGGGGAGAGUGACGACGGAGUUUUGGUUUACGUAGCGCCUACAAAGGCUCUCGUCAACCAGAUUGCUGCUGGGAUAGAAGCACGGGUCUUCAACACGUACGGCAAAUAAGCCAGCAAAUCCCACCCAGUGCCAGAUCUUGGUAACUGUGCCUCACAUGAUAAGUCACCUUUCCAAUCGCAUUCCCGUUCGGCGAAACUCGAGUCCUGUUGGCCAAGCAGCUCGAUCAUCCUCUGAUAUCUUCCUUGGCCCAAUGCCAGCUUCUGCCGAGCAGCUGCUCGUCCGUCAUAACCAGGAGACGUUAUCGAUCUUCAAAGACUUUGUGCAAUCUUACAUCAAACAUCACCUUGCGGAUAACCCAGAUCUGGAUUUGCCACUGACCAAGAUAUCCGUUGGGGCUAGAGACUCUACUAGGUGCUCAUCUAAGAGCACUAUACCGACAGUCGUACGAUCGCCAUUUGCGGCUCUGUCUGGCUUUACCGACGAUCCCCAAUCAAUCAAGGAUUUGUGUUCCGGUGUAAGAAGCGUUGUCUCUCUUGAGGAGUCUGCUAUUCCGUAUAUCCCCAUCUGUCCCACGAUUCUAAUGCUGAGUUUAAUGCUUAUCUCUAAAACUUUUACAAGCAUGGCAGUUUGAAAGUACUAGUACGGGACAACGGCAUCAAGCAAGGUGACGUCUGGUUUCAUCUCAAGGACUUUUGACUCACGCCCAAGACCAUUGUGACCAGUCUUCAGGGGGUCAUCGGUGCAAAAGACGAUAUCGACUCGGACGAUCGCGACGAAGAGGACAGUGAUGCUGGUGUUUCGGGGACAUCUUCCGGUGAGAUUGAAGCACAGAAACACAUGGAAACAUUCGAGAACAUCGUCAAAAUUGCAGUAAAGAGCAAGGACAAGAUCAAGGUCGCUGAUAGCUGGGAUGACGACAGCGAAAAAUCGGAAUCAGAGAGCAUUGGGUCAUCUACUGCUAGCACGCCAGAGGCUCCAUAGUCGGACUUAAACAAGAAGGAUGGGUUGAUGCUGGUCUUGAAGGCAUUCAAGGUAUUAGGGGCGGAACUUGGGGCCAAGUUCUACAAGAUUGGAGCG